AUGGACACCGACAUUCAAGAGCAGAACAGCAAACAGCCGCUGCUGCGUGUCUCUGUCCUGGGACUCGCCUGGAUCGCCGGCUUUUGCUCUCGCUUGUUUGCUGUUAUUAGGUUUGAAUCCAUUAUCCAUGAGUUUGAUCCUUGGUUCAAUUACCGAGCGACGCACUACAUGGUAAAACAUGGGUUUUACAACUUUCUCAACUGGUUUGACGAACGAGCUUGGUAUCCCUUGGGUCGAAUCGUCGGUGGAACGGUCUACCCUGGGCUGAUGUUGACAUCGGGUUUGAUUCACUACGUGCUAGACUCACUGCACAUUCACAUCCACAUUCGUGACAUUUGCGUCUUUCUCGCACCGGUUUUCUCUGGACUGACUGCCAUCGCGACCUACCUUCUCACCAAGGAACUGUGGAAUGAACAAGCCGGUCUUUUUGCCGCCUGCUUCAUUGCAAUUGUUCCCGGCUACAUCUCCCGAUCAGUGGCUGGCAGCUACGACAAUGAAGGCAUUGCCAUCUUUGCGCUCAUGUUCACCUACUAUCUGUGGAUCAAGACAGUGAAGACUGGGUCUGUCUACUGGGCCACGUUGACUGCUCUCUCCUACCUCUACAUGGUCUCAGCUUGGGGUGGUUACGUUUUUAUCAUCAACCUGAUUCCACUUCACGUCUUCUUCCUCUUGCUCAUGGGGCGGUAUUCGAACCGAAUCUAUGUUGGCUACUCCACCUUCUUCAUUCUCGGUCUUCUCUUUUCUAUGCAAAUUCCCUUUGUCGGCUUUCAGCCCAUUCGCACCAGUGAACACAUGGCCUCGGCUGGAGUUUUCCUUCUCCUGCAAGCCUAUGCUUUCCUGAAGUACGUCCAGGGCUUCCUCUCCAAGGCCCAACUGAAGACUUUCUUCUUGUCGGCCAUUGCCACCAUUGCCGCCCUCGUCUUUGCAGGAGUUGUGAUGCUGACAUAUGCCGGUUACAUUGCCCCAUGGAGUGGUCGAUUCUACUCGCUAUGGGACACCGGAUAUGCCAAGAUUCAUAUUCCCAUCAUUGCUUCGGUCUCUGAGCAUCAGCCGACCACUUGGUUCUCUUUCUUCUUUGACCUCCACGUUCUGGUGGCAGCUUUUCCCGUCGGCCUCUGGUACUGCAUCAAAGAGGUUAACGACGCACGCGUUUUCAUCGCCUUGUACGCCAUCACUGCAUCUUACUUCGCCGGUGUCAUGGUUCGGCUAAUGCUCACCUUAACUCCUGUCGUCUGCGUUCUCAGUGCAAUUGCAUUCUCCGAAUGCUUCUCAGCUUGUUUGGUGGACGUCAAGGAGAAGAAGCCCAAGGCCGUCGAAGAGGACCGCACCAACACUGGCAGCUCAACUGAAGGCAAACAGGGCAAACUGUACGACAAGGCUGGAAAGGUUCGCAAGAUUCGCGCCGAGCCGAAGGAGGCUGAAACCGUUGGCUCAAACCUGCGCACCUUCACCUCCGUUCUCCUCAUUAUGCUUCUGAUGCUCUUUGUGGUUCACUGCACCUGGGUUACCAGUAAUGCCUACUCCAGUCCUAGCAUUGUGCUUGCCAGCUACGGACAUGAUGGAUCUCGCGUCAUUUUGGACGACUUCCGAGAAGCCUAUUACUGGCUUUCGCAGAAUACUGCCGACGAUGCUCGUGUCAUGUCGUGGUGGGAUUACGGUUACCAAAUUGCGGGAAUGGCGAACCGAACAACGUUAGUGGAUAACAAUACUUGGAACAAUAGUCAUAUUGCCCUGGUGGGCAAAGCCAUGUCUUCCAAUGAGAGCGCCGCCUACAAGAUAAUGACCGCUCUCGAUGUGGACUACGUACUUGUGAUCUUUGGUGGCGUCAUUGGCUACUCGGGCGACGACAUCAACAAGUUUCUCUGGAUGGUGCGCAUCGCAGAGGGCGAACACCCGAAUGACAUUCGCGAGAGUGACUACUUCACUGAUCGCGGCGAGUUUAGAGUGGAUGCAGCUGGCGCGCCGACACUGCUCAACUGUCUCAUGUACAAACUGAGCUACUACCGCUUCGGCGAACUUCAGAUGGACUUCCGUUCGCCUGCUGGCUACGAUCGAACUCGUCAGAUGGAGAUUGGCAACAAGAACAUUCGUCUGGAACACCUGGAAGAGGCGUACACCACUGAGCACUGGCUGGUUCGAAUCUACCGAGUGAAGAAGCCCGCCAAUCGGCUGAAAGUACCGUACUCGCAGCGCAAAGUCAAGACCAGUGGCUUUGUCUCUAAAAAGAGCUCACGCAGAAAGAAGGGCACCAUCAAGGCGAAAGUUGCCGCUAAGCUGUCCUAG